AUGGGCCUUGCAGACUACAUGAGUGAAAACGUAAGCAAUAACGGUCAGCAGGAUACUUGGCACCAAUGGGAACCUGAUCAGGAGCCACCAAUCGAUGGUAAACCUGAUACUGUCAUGGAUGUGACUUGUACGAUUACGGACGAUGCGCAAACAACGCUUUCCAUGCCAACACUGGACGGUCUGCCACAGCAUUCGUCUCCGUUAGUGCCAUCGUCAUCAUCGUCUUUAACUGUAUCGAAAGCACUGACACCACUCAAUCAUCAUAAUCAAUUGACGCGUUUCAUGGCGAAACAGACUCUCGGGUAUAUCCCGAAACUCAGUGUGCGUAGCCCUGAGCGCACAACGGCACCACCUAAUGCUGUCUACAGUGGUUUACCAAGGGAAGCAGGUGUCUUUACUUUUGACACCUCACAUGGCACUGGUAGUACCUCUCCAUCCUUUCGUUUACCAAGUCUUACACCUCCAUUAUCUCCACAAAAGUGGGCAAACCCUUUGCCAUUUACCAACCAGGAAGACGUGCAGACGACGGAAGACGGACGGCCAAGUCUACCGGCACUUGGACAAAGCAGCAACUUCAUUCAACGGUCCGGUAGCUUCUCCGAAAUCUCUUCAUCACCCAUCCCACCACUCAAGCGACACUUCACACAAGAGACAACGACGCAUCACAGCGUCAUGUCCAUUGCUGAUCUCUGUCAACCUUUUCGCUACAUGCGCGCAUCAUCGUGUCCAUCUGAUACGAAUCCGGGCGCAGCACUGGGAUCGAACCCCACGACACCGUUGGCAAGUACGGCCUUACCUAUUGUUGAGCAAAGCUGGAGACCUGCCAUUGAUCCGCAAACCUACGUGCGGACACAAUCUUGCAAUAGUGAGACUGACACAUUGCGUGGGUGUCUGCCGCAUACUGGAAUCUCAUCAUCACUGGAUGAUGGCUUUCAGCGCAAUCGGUUAGAACGCAGCACUUCCAUGGAUGCACCCACAUUGGUGCGCCACCUUAAGCGGACGGCAGCCGAGUCCAUUGAUCUCACACAGUGGCUAGACCGACCGGGCCGGAGUUCUUUGACCUCGCUAGCGGAUUCGGCCGACUCUAUGAAUCAACUGGAGCAAGCUGGUCGCUCCAUGCGUAUCUCUGACUCUCCUCGGUCCGAUAUAGUGGGGUUGAACGAGGCCAAGCGUGAGAAGAAGCUCUGUGCUUUUCCUCAAUGCGCUAGCAACGCUGUGACCCGAGGAUUGUGCAUCAGUCAUGGCGGAGGUCGCCGAUGUCAACGAAAGGGUUGCACGCGCGGUGCACAAAGCAAGGGACUGUGCGUGGCCCAUGGUGGCGGUCGUAUCUGCCGUGCCGCUGGGUGCUCCAACAUCCAGCGCAGCAUGGGAUUGUGUAUCCGCCAUGGUGGAGGCAGACGUUGCAGCGUCAAGGGCUGUCAAAAGGGCGUUGUGCGACAGGAUCUAUGUACGGCUCAUGGUGGUAAGCGCAAGUGCCGUGUGACUGACUGCACAAAGCACGUGAAGAAGAAAGGUCUAUGUCGAUCACACGCCAAUUCACUUUAUGGUACAUCGGGUUCGAGUUAA